GCUUGUAGUAUCACGUGAUCCAAGUUUUCAUUUGAAAAAAUGGCGGCCGGUUCGAGAGUAAACACAGGACCGAGUCCACAUUCGCGGCUUCGAUCAGUGAAUAAUGCGCUCCUAAGAAGCUUACAGGAAAAUCAGGAGAAGGUUAGAUCAAUACUUAACGAUAUGAGCUACAAGCCGAAAGACUAUACCCGUAGCUUCAGUGCAGAUUCCAGUUUUACAGUCCGCGGUUUAGAUCGUACCCCCGUAGCCGUGAGAAAAAUUGAUUCGAUGGCAGCUUAUAGUAAAACAAGUAGUUCGACGCCUAAAAGCUUUAAAGACGCUCUUCGUGAGACCGGCAAUGAUAGAAGAAACAGAAAAGAUCUAGGAUUGGACAAGACGCCGUCUGCCUCCAUCUUGCUGACCCCUGCUAACCGCGCUAAAAAGACCCCCAAGAAAGGCCUUCGUGUCAGCUUUCAGACGUCAUUUGAUAAAGAGCGAGACAACAUUGAUGAUGACCUGAACAGACGGUCACUGCUCGGCUAUGAUUGGAUUGCUGGUAUACUUGAUAAUGAGUCAUACCUUGCAGAGAAGCAUGAUGAUUUUUUUGACGACUUGAAAGAAUUCAGGCGUGUAAACAAACAAGACUGCUUCAGCCAAGCUCUGCCUGAUUCUUUGCUGACACCAUAUCGAACCACUCCAAGGAAAAUUAAUGAAGAAUUUGAAGAGGAAAAAGAAGUGUACACUUGUGCAAACACAUAUCGACUGAAUGAGCGACUGUUUGCAGAACGUGUGCAUGAGCCUGACGUGGCUUGCAGUGUCUGCAAGUCACAACCAAAGCCGGAGUAUGAGAGUGAAGGCAGCUAUGUCAGAGUGAGCGUUCCUCGUUCAACCUUGCAGUCGCCAUACAAGAUCAAGCCCCACAGGCGUGUCAGCUUUGACCCAACGGACACAAUAGGGCUAUCCUCACACUGUCUUGCUGGAUGGGAAAGCUCAAAGCCGGCAGUAGUUCCACCUCAGUCAUCGCUAGACUUAAAGGCAUCACUGCACCAUUCCAGAGCAACCCUGGAUGCUUCAAGAAUUGGAAGAUUUUCUCCCCCAUCUCAGCACAGUACACAAGAGUUGUUAGAACACAGCGCUUUGAUGCGCUAUGGAUUACAAGUGCUGGACAAAGAGAGAGGCCCUUCUACACGCCCUCACACCACACCCUAUCCAGCAUACUAGACUGGAUGCUAUAGUGUAGAGUGGCAAAACCUUGUUCAUGUAUGCUUAGCUAUGGUAGUAAGAGCAUAGCUAGAGAGUGGUAAACAGAAAAAGGAAAAAAGCAUAGGAUACCACCUACUGUUUCACUAAAUAAGCUAAAUCACUUUUAUAGAUCCACUUCAAAGACAAUGACAAUGAAAUAUUUAUUGUUUUUAUAGCACCACAUUUUUUAUUGAUUGUAUAUUUAAGCUAAAAAGUAAUUAGAUUGUGUAAAUUCGAAAAUCAAACAAAGUGUUUAUUGAAAUAUUUAAAGGAGGACUUUUUAUUGAAAAAUAAUUGGUUUGUAAAAAAAUGAUCGAUCCUCCUUUCCUUCUAUUGGCAUGACUGAAAAAUGUAAAAUUAUGAAUCUGAUUAUAAUAAAUCCUGGAUUUUUUUAUUA